CGAUGAUAAGUUGGUUAACAGCUGUCAACAACAAAAGUUAUUGACGUUUCGUAAAUUUUACAGAUUGUUUUCAUCAGGAUUUUGUAGUUUGCCUUUUCCAUGAACAGCCAACAUGGAAUCUGCCGUUUCUACACACCCAACUGAAAAUGGCUCGCCUCCGAUACGUCAGCGAGAGCCCAUUGGCGAUGAUGACCAGUUUGGAGCAGCUUUGUUGGAUACGCUGCGCAAUGUUCCCGAUCCAGUGCUUCUAAAAGAACCCAGAGGUGACAAAAAUCCGGUAAUCACGUUGGAUUCAAUAAAAAAGGAGCACCGCCAUGUUUGUGACCUGUGUGGUAAACGAUUUCGCAAAUCCGGUAAUUUGCUUCAGCACAAAGUAACGCACGGCGAGCAACUAGAUUGCGACAGUUGUUCGGAGCGAUUCUUUAAGCCCUGGGACCUCACCAAACAUCGGUUGGAAAAGCACGGGAAAUCAAAGCUUCCCGAGUGCAACGAAUGUCACAAAACGUUUAUAGAACACUGGCGACUGUUGCGACAUUUACGAACGCAUGCAAAGGAGAAGCAAUACAAAUGCGAUACUUGUGAGAAAACUUUUAGCGAAAGCGGUAAUCUCGCGAAACAUGUAAAGCAAGUUCAUUCCAAAGAUCGUCCGUAUGAAUGUGAUCUAUGUGAUAAAACCUACCCUCAGAAAAAGGAUCUUCUAAGACACAUGCUUGUUCACAAGGAGAAAAGAUUUUCUUGUCAGAUGUGCAAUAUGAGUUUCUGCUACCUCAAGGAAAAACGAGCUCACUUUCGUGCAGAGCACGCAACUGAACAUGUGGAAAGGACAUACGAGUGUGCAUUGUGCAGUGCCAUGUUCAACACUAAUGUGAAGUUGCGUAACCACUGGGUAACGCAUGGCGAUAGAAGGUACGACUGCAAUGUUUGUCCGAAAAAAUUCCACACGCACGCGCGUUUGCGCAAGCAUAUGCGCGCUCAUAAAAUUGAUGAGCAUUCCCGGUGUGAAAUCUGCAACAAAACCUUUUCGCAAGCUUGUAACCGCAAACGGCAUAUUGAGUUGAUGCACAUGCGCGACGGUCUUUACAUUUGUCUGCACUGUUCACAAAAAUUCACACUGCCUGAGCAACUGAAGUCACACUGGGAAAUCCACCGGAAUGAAAAGGCGUACAAAUGCGCUUUCUGUGACAAAACUUUUUCACAAGCUCAGAGUCUAGCGAAUCACAGCAAGUGCCACCGGAGAGCGGAGCGUCAUUUGAAAGAGUUUAUUACAACGAAGCUGCGAGUGCGGCGAAAAAUCAAGGACAAGCUUAAGGAUAGCGAGACUUUAACUACCGACGCAGCAGACAGCGAAAAGCUGUGCAACAGCGAUCUGGAUACUCCUAAGCAGCAUAAGAAACGUGGCCGUCCGAAAAAGGUUAUCUCGGCAGUUGCAACCAACAUUACGGAUUCUAGCCAUGAAGACCUGCUUGUUCCUUUGCAGCGCAAGAAAAGAGGAAGACCCAAGAAAAGUGUUCCCUCUUUGCCUGUUGUGAUGAUUCCAGCUUCAGACCAGUCGAACGUCAAACGUAUCAAGUCCGAAGCUGUUGCAGCUGAAGCGGACUUGAAAGUAGAAGUUAAGGUAGAGGAACAAGAUAUUAUCGAUAUUGGACCUACUCAACUGCAAGAAGUUUGUUAUGAAUAAAUAAAUAAAUAGGCCCUUGGAAAA